AUGACAAGCGUCAGCAGAACAAAAGCCGGCGCGGCUGCGAUUAAAUCAUCGACGUACAAGCGAUGGGGGCGGAGACAUCCAUUUAUCCGAUACGGCCUUCCGAUGAUCUCGCUCACCGUGUGCGGCGCGGUGGGGCUUGGUCACAUGAUACAAGGAAGCAAGGACAUCGCGAAGGUGAAGGACGAUCAGGAGUGGGAGAUCAUCGAGACCCGAAAAGCACUUUCCAGAACGGGGCCCGUCGACGCCUACAAGCCGAAGAAGACAUCGCUCGAGGAAGAGCUCAAGGUUUUGCAGCAGAAGGUGGACAUUAACAAGUACGAUUACAAGCCGAUUCCUCGCCCAAGUGAAGGCAAAUGAUACCUCGGCCUCAAUGCAAUGUAUUAACUUGUGGUUUUGUUUUGUUUAUGUGCUUGGAAGGAAUUUGUUCAAGUUUUUCCGCUAAAUCAAUAAGCAAUUAACAGUUUAACACCA